GGCGUCGAAACUUCGUCUCGGCUCGCAGAUAUCUGAUCUUGGCUCAGGGAUGUUCCAGCUGUUAAGUCAUAUGAUCACCAUGUGGUUUGAUCAUGACGUCCGACUGUGUUAGGCGAAGUCCAGAGCGUCCCAUACUAUUGACCACUUUCUAAAAGCCUCCUAGGCCAAGCUCCAGUUCAAGCUUGUCAACCUAUAUGAGCUUGAUUCCUUUGGAUCAUGACAACUCGUUGUCACCAUUGAGAUCAGAGUUCCUCGCCACGUGUUUCGUUUCCGAGAAAAUGCUCGUGGAGUUGAGCUGCUGGAGCCCUGGGGUUCAUCGCCACUAUCCGCCAAAACGCCCAGUCAAGACUCAUGAAAGACAUCUUCGAUAGCUGAUGGCUUGUCUUACUGGUCAACGGUAAGUCUCAGCACGUAGAGGACUUGGUCUGGAUCCAAUUCAGGCACAUAUAUACUUGGACCUGCAUUCGCGAGCGGUCUCGACUCGAUCGUUCUUCGGAUCUAGACUCUUACCAUCACAGGCAUUUGACCAUACGUUAACAACAGCCUCGAAUUGAUAUAACUGAGUGAUAAAUCGCGACAGCAUGGCUACUCUCGACUGCCUCCGACAUCCUCACCACAUUUCUUUGAUUGACAGGCAUUCCCUUCGCGCCAAACUCCAGCACUUGGGCGAUGAGUAUUACAAUGUCGACGCUCUGCCAUCACAUCAAGGGAUCUUAUCACCUAAGUUUGAUGUAUUCGAGAUCGAUACGAGUGGCCAAAGCAGCAGCAGCUCGGGCAACGUCGUUCCGCAAACCGUGACCGGCUGGUUGCUUGUCGGAGAACUUCCUGGAGUCAGAGUUGAGAAUAUCAAAAUUGAGUGGAUCGACGAGUCUAUAAUCUUCAUACGAGGGAAGAUUCCGAGCGCUACCAGUCAGAUCAUGACUUCAUUGCAGGGCUUUAACGGGAUUCAAGCAGCUCAGCUGAAACCACUCCACAGGGACCGACAAGAGGGGUCGUUCGAGCGCUCUGUGACGUUCCCAAUGAAGGUCCAGACGCAAACACUCGAGAUGGCGGUCAAGGAUGGUGUUUUAUUGGUCAAGGUCCUGAGGGCGGAGUAGGAGGAAUGGUAUGUCUUUCUCGAGGCAGGCCUGGGUGGUUUUGUGCUCUGGAACGAAGUCAACAGGCGAGGCGGCAGGCUUCGACUGACUCUCAUCUCUGUCAAUUGUCCAACAUGGCUUUGGACGCUGCACGAUGUCUUUUUGAACUUGGAGAGACUGUUGUUGGAGUUCUCUGUCUUGUGAAUCUUGGAGUGUUCUGUGCCUUUGUUCCAUUCUUCCACUUCUCUGGUCCCGUGACUGCACCAUACUUGGGAUCGACACUCUUUCUCGCGCCGUGGGAAAUAUAGAACACAGUUGAUUGAUUAUGUCCAGACUUUUCAGUGUCCCAUAAGCAGAGUGUCAGACUGACACUGGUGGUAUGAGCCAAUCCUCAUCGUUGAACCCCAAAUUGAAGCCUGAUGAAGACUGGAGUCGCUCCUUUGUAAAGGGCGCUUGGCCCAAUCUAGAC